AUGAGUUCUAGCUUUCAGCAGAAGAACCUAGAGGGCUUUAGUGAAGCUUGGGAUAUGUUCAAGGGCUAUUUGUCUCAAUGCCCACAUCAUGGAUUCACCAAGGAGAGUUUGCUCAGUACCUUCUACAGAGGUGCUCUUCCAGAGUUCAGGAGCAUAUUAGACACAGCCAGCAAUGGUUUUUUCUUGGGUAGAACUGAAGAGGAUGCAGAAGAGCUGGUGGAGAACAUGGCUAAGAGUGACUCAGUCUACAGUGAGGAGUAUGAUAGAAGCAACAGAGGUGAUGAUCAGCAAACCAGGAAAGAGCUGAAGUCUCUCCAAGCCAAGUUGGAUCUACUUCUUGUAGAAAAGGCUAAGCAGGCGAAGAUGAACUUUGUUGGUGACCAGAAACAAGAGGCACCUCCAGUGAUCAAUGAGAUUGAUGGUUUAGAAGGCCAAGAGGAGCUGUACUUCAUCAAUGCUAAUGGCACAUGGUACAAGAAAGAACCCAACUUUCAGUACCAAAACAACAACCAGCAAAGGCCACUCUACAACAACCAACAAAGAGGUUACAAAGCCAAGCAGAAUUAUCCUCAAGGUUUCACCAACCAAGGCAACCAGUCUCCUCAGACUCAAGGAAGCUCUUCCCAAGCUCAAGCUCCAGAUUCAGGUGUGGACUCCAUGUUCAAGAAGCUCUUGGAAUUUCAGGCCAGAAAUGAGAAGACAAUGGUUUUUGAGUUCAAGAACAUCCACACAAAGAUUAAUGAGAACUACUCUGACCUUAACAACAAGUUCUUACAACUUGCCUCUCACUUCAAGGCUUUGGAGAGUCAAGUUGCUUCUAUGCCUUCAUUCUCCAAGCAGCCAAUGGGGUCUCUACCAGGGAAACCAGAAAAGAACCCCAAGGAGUCUUGCAAUGUUGUCUUCUCCACUACUUCUUCAGAGAUUGAACUGAGUGAUCAUGAGAAAGAGGAAGAUGAGAUUGAAAGACUGGUUAAGCUAGAGGAAGCCACUGAGGUUGAGAUAUCACCUUAUGAUAAUCUCCCUUUCCCCCAAAGAGUUCUCACCAAAUCUCAGAAGAAGGUGCUCUCCAAGUUCAGGAAAGAUCUUGGUGAUGUUGGGGUCAGGCUUCCAGAAAUCUCGGGUAUGCGUGAAGCUCAUGUCCAGAUGAUGCUCAUCAACGACAUUCUAGACCACUAA